AUGGACCUCAAUGGGGUCAAGAGGAGGGACACCACCAAGGGCCCUCCCCUCCGCAUUCUGUCGUUGGAUGGCGGAGGAGUUCGCGGUUACUCCAUGUUCAUCAUUCUCCAAGAACUCAUGCACCGCACCUUUGUCGAAAUCGAGGGUAGGGCUCCGCGCCGAAACGAAAUCCCCAGGCCAUGCGACCAUUUCGAUCUCAUCGUUGGAACCGGUACCGGCGGCCUCAUCGCCUUAAUGCUCGGUAGAUUGCGCUUGGACUUGGAACAGUGCAAAGAGCUAUACGUGAGAAUGACGCGCAUGGUUUUCGAAACAGACAAGACCAUCGCCGGCAUCCCCUAUCGGUCAACCCUAUUCAAAGCCUCCAAGCUCGAGGAGGCCAUCAAAGAGGCCGUUAGAGAACAUACCGUUUAUCAAAAGGAGGGCAACGAUGGCACCGAGAACGACAUGAUGAGCCCCCUUAGCGGCUACAACAACUCAAACCCAAGAAGACAUGCCAGCAAUGCCAGCACCGUCAGCUUUAGCGCGCGCAGUCCUCAAGCACAGAUGACACGGCCUGCCUUUAACUCGCGAUACGGUGAUCCAAAUGCGAGACUCUAUGAUGCUCGGGAGACUCGGACCAAAACCGCCGUCUUAGCUAUGUACAAGGGCUCCCGCAAGGGCACUCCUGCCGCCAUUCUGCGAUCCUACGACUCGAGAAGGGAACCCCCGCCAGAGUUCGACUGCAAGAUCUGGCAAGCUGGCCGGGCGACGUGUGCGAUUGGUCUCGCCUUCAAACCCAUUCAGAUUGGACAGUCUGUCUUCCACGAUGACGGCGGUGGCACCUUCAACCCUGCACCCGAAGCCCUGGACGAGGCUGUGGUGAACGAGUGGCCCGGCCGUGAAGUUGGCGUGUUUCUCAGCGUUGGUACGGGUCGACGACCAAGGGGAAGCGACGCGAACUCGCAUAUGUGGUAUGAGGGCUUUUUGGGAGAGUUUGCCGAGGCCCGCCGGAAGCUCAUCUCCAAGAUUGAGGGCUGUGAGGUGAUUCACGAGCAGAUGAAGAAGGAACAUCUCUUAAAACGGAACGUCAACGUCGAGAACUACUAUCGCCUUAACGUGGAGGUUGGCGUCGGCGAGUUUGGCAUGAACGAGUGGCAUCGUCUAGCCGAGAUUAGCACGAGCACGCGGCAAUACCUAAGGCGGGAAGUCGAGCAAAGGAUGAUCCAGGGCGCUUCCGCAAAGAUGGCCAAGAUCCACAAAGCGAACAUCAGGUUUUCCCGUAUGCCAGAUGUUCCCGAACUUGUCAAGUCCAACUCGGAGACUGUCGAGCCGCUGUCGUUUGCUGUGGAGCUGCCAGGCGACACGCCCACGUCAUGGCCGCCGCACAACACACCGCCGAGCCGCCAGUCGUACGAAUCCGGUACGGAACAUCUGCACAUACCUUCGCCGAUGAGCCCCUCGCCUAGGAGCUCUGGCGAGCGACUUCAACCAUCGCCAGCAUCAAGACUUGAGCAACGCCUGCCACCUCUGCCUAAAGAUGAUGAGAUUGACCGACUGGUUGUCACUGCACCGACGCCUUCUCAGUACCGCUACGCAGCCGGUACUGAUAAGAUUGCGAUUAUGAGCCCCGAUGAGCACCCGCGGUGGCAGAAUCAACAAUACAGCAACGGUCCUACACAGCAGUCGCAACAACCGCAGCGAAUCCCACCGCCGCUGCCCCCCAAGACGCCUUUGCCCGAACAUCAGGCAGCUGGCGGUCGUCGCCCCAUCGGCUCAUCGCCCUUGCCUUACCCUGUGGACGACGAGCCUCCACCAGUGAACAUGGCUAGGAAACCGGAAUAUCGUGGGAGGUGA